UUCUGAUCGAUGAAAAUGUACGAGUGAUGGGAGAGAUUAAAGGACCGGCGUGCAUUGCGGAUUUUACUUUUUGGGACAAAAGCCUUUGUUUCUGAGCAUGUGGAGGAUUUAUUUUUCUUUGAUAUAAGUUUUCUCCUCUUCUAUGUGAGUCAGCUGACAGCAUGGGAAUACUGCUGUUAUUUGCUGUCGUGCAGGUGGUGACAGUCGGACUGGUGUCUGCUGGCUGCCCGGAGGUGUGUGUGUGUGCCGGCCCCCCCUCCUGCCCCCCGGGCGUCUCCUCCGUGCCGGACGGAUGCGGUUGCUGUAAGGUCUGCGCCGCGCAGCUGAACCAGGACUGCCAGGAGGGAAGAAGACCCUGCGACCAUCACAAGGGACUGGAGUGCAACUAUGGCAACGAUGUGGGACGAACACACGGCAUCUGCAGAGCAAAGGCAGAGGGCCGUUCAUGCGAAUACAACGGAAGGAUUUAUCAAAACGGAGAGAAUUUCAGUGCCGGGUGCAAACAUCAGUGCACGUGCAUCGACGGGGCGGUGGGCUGCGUGCCGCUCUGUCAGAGCAACGUGCCGCUGGCUUCCACUUCCUGUCCGGCUCCACAGCUCGUCAAGGUGCCCGGACAGUGCUGCCUCAAAAUCGACUGCCACAAAGGAUCCUCCAUCCAACCUCCAGUGUACCCGCCUUACCCCUUCAUCCCAUACCCGGCGUACCCCUUCCCAAAGCCUUACCCCAAACCUUUCCGGAAGCUGUACCCCUACAAACUCAAGAAGGAGAAGGACACGCUGGGCAACGAGCUGAUGGAGGUGGGGCGCAAGUGGGACAACAACAACAACAACAAGCUCCGUGGAAACAAGCACCUGGCGGCCUGGAGGCAGGUGGGAGAUCAGUGUGCGGUUCAGACUACUUCCUGGUCCCAGUGUUCCCGGAGCUGUGGGAUGGGCGUCUCCUCUCGUGUUACCAACGACAACGCCAGGUGUAAACUGAUCAAGGAGACGCGGCUGUGCAACGUUCGGCCCUGCAGCUCCAUGUCCGUCCCCGUCAAGAUGAGGAAUAAAGGAAGGAAGUGCUCUCGUACCCACAAGGCUCCUGAACCCCACCGCCUGUCCUACGCCGGCUGCAGGAGCUCUCGUCUGUACCGACCGAACUACUGCGGCGUCUGCAGGGACGGCCGCUGCUGCUCGCCUCGUCGCACACGCACCGCCAGCGUGAGUUUCGCCUGUCCCGACGGAGAGAGAUUCAACCGCUCCGUGAUGUUCAUCCAGUCCUGCAAGUGCAGCGAUGAAUGCAACCAUCUGAACGAGGCCGCCAUGCCGCCUCAACGAUGGCUCUACGGAGACACACACAAGUUCAUCGACUAGACAUUCCCCCACAGCAAACAGACAAUAACCUCCCAUAGUGAUCCCCAAUAUAGAAUAGCUGUCCUUAGUGUAUCUAUGACAGGGGUGUCCAAACAUUUUUCAUCGAGGGCCACAUACAGAAUAUUCGAAGGGCUGGGCCACUCACUACAGGUCAGGUUUGCCUCAUAAGUGAAGUUAUAAGUUAGCGAAAUCAAUCAAAUCAAGUCAAUUAUGCUGCAGCUUUCCAUAGGGUGUCAUUUAUUGUGUUGUCAUUCCUUAAAACAGAAGCCUUAGAUUGCGUAUCAUAAGAGGAAAUAGGAAGGGUCUAUUUCAAGGUUGUUAUGUAAAUAAGUUAUUGGGCUUUUUUCUUAUCAACUUAGAUUUCUUAGAACAUAUUUUCAACUUGAAUUGACUGAAAGUGGGUUUAUUAACACAUGAACACUACAGUGUAAUAUAUUUACAGAUAUAUUUAAGAAGUACAAUACAAGACAAGCACAAGUUUCAUUUGUGGGCCGCAUUCCUGUAUACUUUUUGAAUUUGCUGAUUAGUUUGGACACCCCUGAACUAUGAGUAGACGCAAGCGAGGUGAACGAGAAACUGGGGAGGAAUGGGGAGAUUUGGACGGGGGAGAGCAGGUGCUUUAGUGUAGAUAAACUUUGUUCCUACAGACUGUGACUAAGACAUUUAUGGACGCUACCAAACGUCCUCUGAGACUUUUGAUGAGGACGAUGGAGCGAGACACACAAACAGAACUGUUGAUGUUUCUUUCGGUGGAUCCACGUUACAGUUUCGUAAGUCCGACGAGCCGAUAGAAAGCUGGUUGACCUCGCAUUGGAGCUAAUAAAUGCACUCCAAUAACUGGAUAAACCAAAAGAAGACAAAGAAACCGGUGCGGCAGAAGAUGGACGAGCAUUUCAGAUGUUCUUGAAGGAGGUCUUUUCACGGUAUUUAUUCACUGGUAUUUAUUGAGACAGACGUGAUGACACAGUUGGGUCGCUAUGUUUGGACGGACAAAACAGCUGAGAGCUGUCGGCCUAAACAGAUCUGGGGCUCGACCCCUGGGUCAGAAAGCCAAAUCUAUAAUGAUGGAUGAUGAAGGAGAGGAGGAGGUAUGUACUAGAAAAAGCCCGAGUUGAACCUGAUGAGUUGAAGCAUUAGCGGGGGAACAAGUCAAAGGUUGUUUACACAGCUGGACGUCCCCCUGCCUUCGAAUCUACAAGAGACAUUUAGCAAGAACAAGAAGAACAAGCAUAGGAUUCUGGCGCCGAGACGUCGUCCCGCCUAACUCUGAGCAAAUUACAAUCCUGACUCAGCGAGAGUGGACUCUUUGGUUUGCUAUAAAAAUAAAAUUUGAAAAACGGCGUCUGCUGAGGUAAACAUGUAAUUUGUGACUCGCGGGUUGGAACCGCGGUCUGGCCUGUAAUCGAGCGGCAUGUGAGCUCAUGACACAAUAACUCAUGCUUCAUCCAUGUGUAAGAGUGUUUCUGAGAGAGGAGCCUCAUGGCCUUUGGAGAGGACAUUAGGAAAGGAUCCCAUAAGACAUUUCGAUGGGAGGAAAAUCUUUCGUCCACUUUGCGACAGUUUUUGAUUUCUAUCUACAGAGGAACUGACUUUUAUCUUGACUGAAUCAUCACCAUUUUCAGUAUUUCAAAGAUGUGUUUUCUCUCGGCUUAGAUAUACCUUCUGGAUAAUAUUUGCAUUUUCUACCGUCUCUUCUUGGCUUCCGUAGGCUUUCUUAGUUCAGAGACUUUGCCAAGAAACCUGAAACAACUUUUGCAGGUGAUAACAAAUAAAGUGUUUAAUUGUUGGCCAUUGAUUUUGCCUAUGUAGAUGCUGUGGUUUUGGUACUGUAUGUGUAGUUUUGUUUAAAGAACACUAUAGAGCAGCUAUGUACAGAUGCAUUGUUACCUUUGUAGAUCUAUCUGCUGUAUAAGAACCGAUCCUUUUACCCAGUUAUACUGAAGUAGUCCAUGUAGAGUUUAGCACUGAACAGAGCAGGGUUCAGGUCCUUUUAGUGCCAAUUUGAAAGCAUGAGGAUUGUCUACUAGUGUGCAAACACCAUCUGCAGUAAUAAAGUCAUGCUUUUUAGGAUUACAUAUUUACAGACUUGCUGGAAACGGGUUGCCUACCAAAUAAUGGGAUGUUAAGAGUUUGGAGUUCAUUUUGCAUUUUUAAUAAAGACAUGUUCACUCCUACAA